AUGUGCCAGCACUGGAAGAAUGUCGCAAAGAAGAAAGCGACCGCCUUCUACGAGGGCGUCAGCGGCGAGGAGGACCUGCAGGCCGUAUACGAGGGCAUGGGAUACGGCAUCGAGGCGUUUGAGAACCUCACCCCGCUCGACGGUGUCUUUGAGCGCAUCUGGCCGCCCAAGCAGGUCUCAUCCGAGGCUAAGAUGAAGCAGUUCGCCAAGGACGAGGCCAGGGGCCACCACGCCAGCUGCACCGCGCCCAUCGGUGCCGACGACAAUCCCCACGCCGUCUUGGACUCCAACUUCAAGGUCCGCGGCGUCAACGGCCUGAGAGUCGUGGACGCUUCCACCUUCCCCAGGAUCGCCGGAUUCUGCGUUGUGCUCGGGAUCUACAUGACGAGCGAGAGGGCGACCGAUACGAUUAUUGUCGAGGCACAUGUCGCGUGA